CCGAGUAGUGGAGCCACAAACAGGAAUUCCAAGUAAUCCCGAAGAGGACAUUUUUUUUAUUUGUUUAGUUAUAACUACCACGACGCGGGUUGGAGGAUUUUUUUUCUUUUUUGUAUCGCUUUUUUUUUUUUAAUCGCUGCUGAAAAGGUAAACCUGUUGCCUGCCUGCCUGUGCCUGCCUCGCCGCAUACUCACAACUACUAUCCAAGAUGUUGCUUUGUGGAUGGGAUGGCGUCUGGUCCCGUUUGUGUGCGCACUCAUAGCCUCGCCGGAGCACCAAUAUUUCCCCUCCGAGUGAUCCUGUAGCACUUCUUGUUCGGAGAAGAUGCAUGUGUCUCUGGCAGAAGCCUUGGAGGUCCGAGGAGGCCCGCUCCAGGAGGAAGAGGUGUGGGCAGUGCUCAGUCAGAGCGCGGAGAGCCUCCAAGAACUCUUUCACAAAGACCCUGCAGCCAUGGGCUUCAUCAUCUCUCCCUGGUCCCUCCUGCUCAUGCCCUCUGGCAAUAUCUCAUUCACAGAUGAGUAUGUCACCCAGCAGGACUUAAGAGCCUUCACAGCUCCAGAGGUGCUGGAGGGGGCCUCCCUGACUUCCAUCUCUGACAUAGAGAAGAUGCACAUGUACUCUCUGGGGAUGACCCUGUUCUGGGGAGCAGACUAUGAGAUUCCCCAAAGUCAGCCUAUGAAGUUGGGGGAACACCUGAACAGCCUGCUUCUCAACAUGUGUGAUGAUGUUACAGUGAGUCGAAUGUCGUUGCGCACGGUGCUGGACAUCUGCAGCAAACACAUCAGAAACUCCAGUUGUGACCCUCCCUUCUCUUAUAUCAGGAAACUUGUCCGGUUGGUACUGGGCAGCCUCUCCCAGCUGGACGGUCUGCUGACUGAUAGAGAGUCUCUUCCGGAGCGGAGUAAAGAGAUUCGUGAGAGGCUGAGGGGCAAAGGCUUGCCUUCAGGGAGGAGUGCCGCCCCCAGGGUUUUAGAGCGCUACCGAGCCAGGACUCAGGAGCAGGCGUCUCUCAACCGAGGCCUCAGUCGUUCCAUGGGCUCCCUGCCAAUCCAGGACUUGUUGAAAGGGGAUGAAGGGUCAGCCCUACAGUAUUCCCUAUCUGACUAUCACCACAACUCUGAAUCCCCCACAGAACUCUACCCAAAACCCCCGUCACUCCAGCACCAGCACUCCUAUCCUUAUCUGCACCCCUUUCACCCCCAGCAAAAGGGCCGGCCCGUGGAACUGGACCGGAGGUCUUUACCCUUCCACAGUGGAGAACUGAGGCCAAGUCAGACCAGAAAGACCUGGGCCUCCUCUGUGGACUUGGCUUGUAUUGACCCAGAAGCUAUUCGCUUUGGGGCCUUGGAGGAUGCACGGAGAGGCAGCACUGCCUUAAGUACCCACUCCAUAGGAAGGCUCAAAUCACCCUUGAGGGCAUCCAGGGAGAGGGAUUCUCGCUACCCAGAGUUCGGUGGGCUGAAGGGUAGGAAGCCUCAUCACCACUCAGCCCUGUCUGUAGGCUCAGGCCUCCCUGGUGCCUAUGACAGGAUCAAGGAGAGACAGAGGAAACUUCAGGUGCUAAGACAAGCAGUGGACGACCCAGUCCACACCCACCAGAGAUACCACAGUGAUUACAGUUCCUCCAGUGAAAGCCCCUCAGUGACCUCCUCUGAUCCAGACUACAGACAAGCCAAGAAACCAGGUGAGGUGAGGAGAUACAGCUCCCAGCUGGCACUUCCCUCUGAACAUGAUGCCCUGUCACUGACAAGUCACAACACACAGAGACACAGGCAGUAUGACGGGGCAGGUGAUGAAGGUCUGGCUGGAGCAGAGCUGCUCCUCCAAAAGCAAGAGGAGGAGGUACAGCGUCUUCAGGCCCACCUGGCCAGCAGGCUGUCCAGGGCCAACCUUUACCCCAUAGAUGACCCCCUGGCCCCAUCUCGCACUUCCAUGCUCGACCUUGGAGACCCGCUCUACCCUUCCUCUGUACCGCUUCGCAAACCCAAAAACUUCCAUGGGCCUGAGUUUGUGAAGAUGGCCAGCGAGCCCUGUGUGACCUUGUCUGUUCCCUCUUCAAUCAUGAAACGUGGUAAGGUGGAGGAAGUGCAGAGGAAGGUGGGCGUGGUGCUGCUGAAUGGCCAAAAGCUGGAGCUGAGCUGUGACAUCAAGGCAGUGUGUAAAGACGUUCUCGAUAUGGUGGUUGCCCACAUCGGGCUUGUGGAGCACCAUCUCUUCGGCCUAGCGUACCUCAGAGAUAAUGAGUUUUUCUUCGUUGACGCUGAUGCCAAACUGUCCAAAGUGGCUCCAGAGGGAUGGAAGGAGGAUCCCAAGAAGAAGAAAUCUGACGUGCCUUUUAACCUUUUCUUACGCAUCAAAUUCUUCCUUGAUGAUGUCAACCUCAUACAGCAUACUUUGACCAAACAUCAGUACUACCUGCAGCUGAGGAAGGAUGUCUUGGAGGAGAGGAUGCGCUGCAACACAGAAGAUGCCAUGCUGUUGGCUUCUCUAGCACUGCAAGCUGAAUUCAGUGACUACCAACCUGAGCUUCAUGGGAAGACAUAUUUCAGACUGGAGCACUAUCUGCCAGUGUCAGUCCUGGAUAAGGUGGACCAGACGACUAUCAAGGAGGAGCUGCCUAAACUUCACAGCAACUACUAUGGAGCAUCUGAGUCAGAGGCAGAGUUUGAGUUCCUCAAGGUGAGUCAAAGGCUGACAGAAUAUGGGGUUCAUUUCCAUCGAGUGCUUCCUGAGAAGAGGUCCCAGACAGGCAUCAUGCUGGGUGUCUACGCCAAGGGUGUGCUCAUCUUUGAGGUGCUUAACGGAAAUCGCACGCCGGUGCUGAGGUUCCCCUGGAGGGACACUAAGAAGAUUUCCUUUACAAAAAAGAAGAUAUGCCUUCAGAACACAUCAGAUGGGAUUAAGCACCUGUUUCAGACAGACAGCAACAAGACGUGUCAGUACCUGCUACAGCUCUGCUCCGAUCAGCACAAGUUCCACCUGCAGAUGAAGGCCCGCCAAAACAACCAGGAGCUGCAGGACUUAGAAAACUGCCCCCUGAGCAAUUUGCAGUAUUCCCUUGACCCUCGGAGUGGAGACGCAGUGGGGAGGACAGUGAGUUCAGGCAGCCUGGCGCCCAGCUUAUCGACACGCUCCAACCCAGACCACCUGAAGAGGAUCUCCUACUCGGAGGUGGCCCUCAACAAGGCACCAUCCGGCCCACUAUUAGUCCAAGAUGAGCUUCACUUUCCAGGUUUCAAUCCAGCGGCCUCCAUGGUCCACUCCAAUCCCCGCAUAAUGAGCUGCUCCCACCACAACCUCACACAGAUGCCAGAGUCUCCAGGGCACCGCGUGGCAGAGUCUUACCGUGGAAAGUCACAAAGUGGACUGAGCCCGGCGCGAGCCAGCUCAGACACAGACUCCCUCUCACACCAACAGGACAAAUCAUUUGGCUCGGUGUCUCACAGCAGCCCAGCCUGGAGCCGCAGUAGGUCCAAAAAAGAAUCAGACUCGUCUUCCAUAGAAGAUACCGGUCAAGCAUAUGUAGUAGGGGUCAGUAUGCACAGCUCCUCUGGACCACCGUCUACCCCAGCCUCUGUUAAUGAUUCACUAAAGAAAAAGCUAAAUGCCUUACCUUCUCCAGAGAGAGAAAUCACAACUGUAAACCUGAAGAAAGAUGUGAAAUAUGGCCUGGGGUUCCAGGUUGUCGGAGGGGAGAGCUCUGGUCGGAUGGACCUCGGCACCAUCAUCAGCUCCAUCACUCCUGGGGGUCCUGCUGAUGUCAACGGCUCUCUCAAACCUGGUGAUCGCCUGAUCUCUGUGAAUGAUGUAAAGCUGGAAGGGCUCUCUCAUGCCACCACUGUUGACAUCCUCCAAAAUGCUCCAGAUGACAUUACUCUGGUGGUGUCACAGCCCAAAGAGAGGCUCUACAAAGAAUCUUCAGCAGGCUAUGUUCCCUAUCAGGCAAAGUCUUCAUUGAAGGUGCAUAACUCUGGCCAAAGACGGGAACUAGACUUUGAUACCUCUUCAGAGGAGCAUGUAGGAGGAAGCCCCAGCCCUCCUCUCCCCAGCACUGGCACACCGUCAUCCGCCUCCUCCCCAGUCCACCAGAAUGCCAGCCUCAGCUCUCAGGACUCCAGGACAAGCAGUGCUGCUAGAUUAAGCCAACCCCCUGCUAAUGGAGUUCAGCAGUGUCUCGAGAGAGCCACAGCCACCAACACAGCUGCGCCCGUUGCCCAACAUCAUAGACCAGAACUUAAUGUGGGUUUGGAUCCCACGCCGCCAGCUUUGCCACCCAAAACUCGGAAAGCUAAAGUCACCGAACCUCCCAAAGUUUCUGAGCAUUCAGACUGGGGUGAUUCAGACAUGGAUGAGGAGACUUAUUCCAGUGGUCAAGAGAAACUCAAGGCCAAAAAGGAGUACAUCAUGGAAAAUUUAAAUGGUAAUGCCCCAGGGGUCAAUAGUCUCCGUCCAGGAGAACUAUUUGACGUUGAGCUGUCCAAAAAAGACAGCAGCCUGGGCAUAAGUGUCACGGGGGGAGUCAACACAACUGUUCGGCAUGGAGGCAUCUAUGUUAAAGCCAUCAUACCAAAAGGAGCUGCUGAGCUCGAUGGAAGGAUACAGAAAGGGGAUCGUGUGGUGGCCGUCAAUGGAAAGAGCCUGGAGGGCGCCACUCAUCAGCAAGCAGUGGAUGUUCUCAGAGACACUGGGCAGACAGUGCACUUGUUGCUGGAGAAGGGUCAUCCGCCUGCAGACAGUGUCCACGCUCCCCUCACACCUCAGAGCACCCCGCCGUGUACUGAGAGGGACCAAUACCAGAUGAAGAGCAGAGAGCAGCCACUUCAGGUCAAAGACAAACCAGAGUACAGCUUUCUAACAAAAGAUAAUGUGUUUGAGGUGUGUCUAAUGAAGAACACAUCAGGGCUGGGCUUCAGUUUCAGUCGAGAGGAGAACAUCCCUGAUGAGCCCCACGGAUCCAGCAUGGUGCGGGUUAAAAAACUAUUUCCUGGCCAACCAGCAGCAGAGAGCGGUCGCAUCAACGUGGGUGACGUCAUCCUGCGGGUCAAUCAGACCUCCCUCAAAGGACUCUCGCAACAUGAGGUGAUAUCAGCCUUGCGAGGAACCGGACAGGAAGUGACUUUGCUCCUCUGUAGACCUGAACACGGCAUUCUUCCUGAGAUGGACACUUCAGCUUUGACACCCAUGCCAUCACCCAGAAAGGAACCAGUGACCCAGGCAGAGCCCAGCCUAAACUUGGGCAGGACAACCUCUCCAGCAGGUACAAAAGGCAAGAAGAGUCAGGGCGCUGUGGAGGACGCCCUGGAGAGGCUGCUGCUCAAAACCCCCGGCCGACACAACAGCUACAGCGACAGUACUGAUGGAGAUGAGGAGGUUGAGGAAGCCUUCAGCCCCAGCACCUUGGAGCACAGCAGACAGACCUGGGAGCGGAGUGUCUACCAGACCCCCAGUAGCAACCUGGGACUAGGACGCUAUGACAGCACCGGUCAGCUGGACGACACCAUGAACUUAGCCUUCUACUCCCCGAACCUGUCGAUGACAAGAUCGGACCUCAGCAAGAGGUGUCCUUCAUCCCCCAUGAAUCUGGAAUCAUCCCCCCUGCCUAUGGUGUCUUCCCACACUGCCCCAAGCCCAGACCCCCUGCCUCCUCCUCUGCCUCUGCCCUUAAACCUCACCAUGUCUGGCAACGGACAGGAUAUGGAGGAAUUUGUCCCGGAAGUAGAGCUAAAGGUCUCCUUGUUGAAGUCUGAAAAAGGCAGCCUUGGCUUCACCCUCACCAAAGGUAAUGAUCACGGAUGUUACAUCCAUGACAUCGUCCAGGAUCCAGCCAAAGGAGAUGGAAGGCUCAGGCCCGGAGACAGAAUGAUCAUGGUGAACAGCACAGAUGUGACCAAUAUGGGCCACACCGAGGUAGUCAAUCUUGUGCGAGCGGCCCCUCGGAUGGUUGAUUUGGUGGUAGGGAGGGUCCUGGAGGCUCCCAAGCCCUCCAUAGAAGCCCACCUGCUACCUGACAUCUCUUUCAAGGGCAACCAAGAACCACUGGGUUUGUUACUGGACGGUGGUAGUGACAGCAUGUAUGGAGUCUUAUUUGUGAAAGACAUCCUGCCAGAAUCACUGGCCUCUGAGGAAGGCAGUCUGAAACCACUUGACCUAAUCCACUACAUCAAUGGCGCUCCCACUCAGGAACUUACCCUCAGUGAGAACACCCGACUCCUGGAGCUCUCCCUCGAAGACCUGACUCUCAAGGCCACAAGGGAUGGGAAGCCGGUUUGUCCGGGACAGAAAAGUGUCUCUUUUCUUAACAACAACAUUAGUCCCAAGGUUUCAUCCAGCAUCAAUGGGUUUCUUAAAGGAGAUGAUUCAAGAGGUACAGAGUGUCUUGCAACACUUUGUCCUUUAGAGGAGGAGAUCAUAGAGCUGGAUCUAGAGAAGCCCCAGUCAGGCGGUCUGGGUUUCUCAGUGAUUGGAGGGGAGAGGGGCAUCUUUGUCAAGUCUAUAACACCAAGAGGAAUAGCAGAGUCCACAGGCAAGCUGCAAGUGGGAGACAGGCUACUGAAAGUGAACGAAGAACUAAUGACGGGUGUGUCCCACACCAAAGCUGUCACCACCAUCCGUAAAGCUAAAGGCCUGGUACACCUUAUAGUGUCCAGACCACCAGACCAGAACCCCAGCACAUACCUGGCCUAUCUGCCCAUCAACACUGACAAGUGCAAUGGGAACACAGAUCUGAGUGAGGACAGUGGAGUGAAGACUAAGCUGAAUGAUGAGCAGAAGUCUGGUAGCUUCCCUUUCAUACCACCAAUAGACUAUGAAGACACACCACUGGAGCAGCAAAGAGAGACGGAGCAGAGCGCAGAGCUCUCAGAGGACACAGACUGUGAUGGCUCUUCUUUACCUGAAGACUCCCCUGAGAGUUCUCGGAAAGUGGAAUGGCAGGAAGAGAAUGUGGAUGAUCCCAGAAAUGAAAAUUAUCUGCAAAUGAGCGCCGGACAGCCAGAGGAGGAUGAAAUCACAUGGGGAAGUGAUGAACUGCCUAUUGAAAACAUGAACUCCAAAUCAAGAGAUGUUGGGCCAAUCAUCACAGAGGAUGAGCUGACCUCUUUGCCCCUUGUCAAGGUGGUCCCUGAUGGUCAGUUCACAGGACCAAAGCUUAACACCGUGGUCCGCAUGAUGAGGGGGCUUCUGGAGCAGAAAGUCCCUCUGCAGGAGUUUGAAAAUCUACAAAAUCUCCAGCCGUUGGACGACUGUUUAAUAGGUCAGACAAAGGAGAACAAGAAGAAGAACCGCUACAAGAAUAUUGUUCCCUUUGACACAACUCGAGUGGUGCUUGGCAAAGACGGGGGCUACAUCAAUGCCAACUUCAUCAAGAUGCCAGUGAAGGACGAGAACUUCAUGUACAUCGCCUGUCAGGGACCUCUACCGACCACUCUGGGUGACUUCUGGCAAAUGGUCUGGGAGCAGAAGUCUAAUGUGAUCGCCAUGAUGACACAGGAAGUGGAGGGAGGCAAAGUGAAAUGUCAGCGGUACUGGCCAGACACACCGAAGACAGCAGAGAUGGUGGAUGACAGGUUACAGAUCACGCUGAUUAAAGACCAGUAUCUGGACAACUUUGUCAUCCGACUCAUCGAGGUCAAAGACGUACAGACCAAUGAAAUCCAGCGUGUAACUCAUCUGAAUUAUACGGGAUGGCCUGAUCAUGGGACGCCCACACAGCCAGAGCAGCUGCUCACGUUCAUUUCCUAUAUGAGGCACGUUCAUCGAUCAGGACCUAUAAUCACACACUGCAGUGCAGGCAUCGGUCGUUCAGGAACCCUCAUCUGUAUAGACGUGGUUCUGGGUCUCAUCAGUAAAGAUGCUGAUUUUGAUAUUUCAGAUGUCGUAAGAAACAUGAGACUUCAGAGACAGGGAAUGGUCCAGACGGAGGAUCAAUAUAUUUUCUGCUAUCAAGUGAUCCUCUACGUCCUCAGAUGCCUUCAAGCAGAGGAGAACAUCUCGGGAUAGUAGAAACCACAUAUCGCGUUCACAUAGAGGCUGGAUAACUGUUUCAAAAAGAGCAAAACAAAUGGAGGAGAGUUGACACAGGCAGAAAUUGCCAAAUUACUCUACAUGUUUUUAUGCCUUAAAAUAUUCAGCUCCUUCAGAGUAAAUCCUUAUAAAGAAGUCUAUAUUUUUAUUGUUUGCUUUUUGAGUUCACUUUCUUUGGCUGCUACUCGCUUUUAAUGCAUUAAUGAGAACUGCUGAUUGUAUUUCUUAUUGUCACCUACAAGAGAACACUAAUGUUUUAUUUUCCAGAUUCUUGGAUAUUUUAAAAUUAUUAUGAAAUGAUCAAUGAUUUCAAUGAUUAUUUUAUGUGGAACAAAAUUGUACUUGUCUAUUUUGUUUUGAUGCUGGAACAUGCCUUGACAGAAUACUAUGUCAGUAUUUGCUUUGUAAAUCUAUUAUACAGUAAUUGCUCACUGCCUGAGGUAAAUGAUGAAAUUAAAAGUGUACAUAUUCAUCUCCUGAAAAUUAAACUGGACACAUUUUAAAUGUAAA